GCGGAAAUCGCGGCAGCGGGAGCAGCCGCCGCCAGCCCGGGAAGCAGCGGCGGCCGGAGCGGGAGGCGGCGGCGGCGGGUGCCAGGAUGUGGAAGGCUACUGCAGGCCACACCAUUUCUGUCCAUCAGGAUGACGGAGCCGAUGACUGGGAGACAGACCCUGAUUUUGUGAAUGAUGUGAGUGAGAAAGAACAACGCUGGGGAGCUAAAACUGUGAAAGGAUCCGGGCACCAAGAGCACAUCAAUAUUCAUCAGCUGAGAGAGAAUGUAUUCCAAGAACACCAGAACCUCAAAGAGAAGGAGCUUGAAACAGGACCAAAAGCUUCCCAUGGCUAUGGGGGGAAAUUUGGUGUUGAACAAGAUCGCAUGGAUAAAUCAGCUGUGGGACAUGAAUAUCAAUCCAAGCUUUCUAAGCACUGCUCCCAAGUGGAUUCAGUGAAAGGGUUUGGUGGCAAGUUUGGAGUACAAACUGAUAGAGUUGACCAGUCAGCUGUUGGGUUUGAAUAUCAGGGGAAAACUGAGAAGCAUGCCUCCCAAAAAGACUACUCAAGUGGUUUUGGUGGGAAAUAUGGAGUACAGGCUGACAGGGUGGACAAGAGUGCAGUGGGUUUUGAUUACCAGGGUAAAACUGAGAAGCACGAGUCACAGAAAGAUUAUUCCAAGGGCUUUGGUGGUAAAUAUGGUGUUGACAAGGACAAAGUGGACAAAAGUGCUGUUGGCUUUGAAUAUCAAGGCAAAACGGAAAAACAUGAAUCACAGAAAGAUUAUGUAAAGGGCUUUGGAGGCAAGUUUGGAGUGCAGACAGACAGACAAGACAAAUGUGCUCUGGGCUGGGAUCACCAGGAGAAAGUGCAGCUGCAUGAAUCCCAGAAAGACUAUAAGAGUGGUUUCGGAGGGAAAUUUGGUGUACAGACAGAAAGGCAGGACCCAUCUGCUGUGGGGUUUGAUUACAAGGAGAAACUAGCCAAGCAUGAAUCUCAACAAGAUUAUUCAAAAGGAUUUGGUGGGAAGUAUGGUGUGCAGAAAGAUCGGAUGGAUAAGAAUGCAGCAACUUUUGAAGAUAUUGAAAAACCUGCAUCAACUUAUCAGAAGACCAAGCCAAUAGAAGCUGUUGCUAAUAAAACAAGCAACAUCCGAGCUAACUUUGAAAACUUAGCCAAGGAAAAGGAGCAGGAAGACCGAAGGAAGGCAGAAGCUGAGAGAGCACAAAGAAUGGCCAGGGAGAAACAAGAACAGGAGGAGGCCCGAAGAAAACUGGAGGAACAAGCUAAAGCCAAAAAACAGACGCCACCACCAUCUCCUACCGUGCAGCCAGCUGAGCAGAAGGCACCCUCCAGCCCAGUCUACCAGGAUGCAGUUCCCUACGAAGCAGGCUCUGCCUCCAAGAAUUCCAGUGCCACGUACUCAGCGGCGCACGAGCCGGAGCCCGGCUACAAGGCUGCAGAGUCAGACUACCAGGAAGCAGUGAGUCAGCAGGAAGCAGGAUAUGAACCAGAGACUGUCUAUGAGGUGGCAGGGGCAGGAGACCACUACCAAGCAGAAGAAAAUGCUUAUGACGAAUAUGAAAAUGAACUUGGAAUUACAGCCAUAGCCCUUUAUGAUUAUCAAGCUGCGGGUGACGACGAGAUUUCCUUUGACCCAGAUGAUAUCAUCACAAACAUAGAAAUGAUUGAUGAUGGCUGGUGGAGGGGGGUCUGCAGGGGCCGAUAUGGGCUCUUCCCUGCCAACUACGUGGAGCUGAGACAUUAAAGACUGUUGUCUACUGGUUAUGCCUUAAUUCCCCAGUCAAUAAAUCUGACCUAAUACACUACAAAUCAUGAUGCUUUUUCUGAGGAUGGGAGGGGUAUAUACAUAUUGCUUUUAUAUUUAAUACUUUGCUGAUGCUUUUUAAAAUGUUUAUGCCACAGAAAUCGCUAAUAUAUUGUAACUGUGUUCUUCACUGAGGCUCUUAGAAUUAUUUUCAUGCAUUUGGAGACAUUUCUUCUCUGCCAAAUUAGGAAUUGUCAGAAAAAGCCUUUUCGAGGACAAUUAGCUUGUCUGUCGUAAUAUUGCAUGUUUUACUCAUAAGUGAGCAGAUUUACUUAGUGUUUAAGUCUAGUUAGUCUUCCACUAAAUGUUUUCAGCUAAGAAAAUCAUGGCUAUGCAGGAUAUUUGCAUUCCCAGUAGGAGGGAGUGGGGAGGACUGGGGAGGUGCAUAAUUUUGGUUUUUUCCUUCUCUUUUUCCAGCUAGUGUGUGAAAAAGCAAAGAGAAUGUUUAAAAGUUGCAGCUCAUGGCAGUUAAUCAAAGACUGUCCAAUAUUUAUGGAAUAUUAAUGCUAUGAAGGAAACAGUCUGGUUACUUUUUCCUUCUCUUUUAAAAGUGAAGUUCCUUGGCUCUUGCAUUGAUAUUUUUUUUCCCCCCUCUCUUUUUCCUGCUCCACCUGUCCAUGGCAUUCCAGAGGAGGGCUGCAAACACUCCAGCACUGAUUGUCCCAAGUUUCUUUAUGUUUUGCUUUUGUUUCACCCUCCUCUUUUCCCAGGAAAACUUGGCAAAGCUACUAAAUGAGUGUUGAGUCACUCAGUGAGAUUCCUACUUGUUCCAAGGGAAACUGGCAUCCAGAUUUGGGACACUACCUGCAGCAAUAGUCUCAUUGCUUUCACCAGGAGCAGAAAGGUCAGGAUGGAGCUGCAGUUGCUCUCUGUGCAAUACUGCCCAUACAAAGAAGGGCCUGCUGUGCAGGGAUGACAUUUUAAUGAGUCACAUUUGAGUCAAGGAAUGUUAAUACAAGUAAUUAGGUUUAAAACUUGUAGAAAUUGUCUUCAUUUAUAAAACACACAUGGGGCAACUAUACUUUUUUUGGUAUGUUCAACAGAAACUGCCAGUAACGUUUUACUAAAUGACAGAAUUAAACCUGUUCUUUGCCAAAACUGAAACUCCUGUCAUUCUAGAAAGUUGACUUCCCUGCAGCUUUUAGGGUCCCUACCAAAGAUUGCAACUUGCAUCUACUAGUGCACAUGUUCUGUGUAUGUUCUGUCUGUUUCCACCUUCUGGUCCAAAUGGCAGUGGCAGAACUGGUGUCGCAGCUAAGAAAGAGUGCAAAGAAUUUAUAUGAACUGUACAUUUGGACCAAUGGAAUAUAGAAGGCCUGUCUAAAAAGGUAAAUUGUUCACUGGAUCUAUGAAGGAGGCAUCAUGGUGAACCAAUUUCUGGAUGGUUGGGACAAUCCUUAAUGAAUGUCAUAUUUGUUUCAUGAUGGUUUUUCUUUUUUCCUUUCCAUGGUCUCAUUUCUGUGUUGUACUUGCAUAAUAGGGUUGGGUUUUAUAUGCAGUUUAUUUUAUCCAAUUUUGCAUAGAACACCUCAUAGGGAUAUGAUUUUUUUGUAAAUUAAAUAUUCAAUAAACUUUUUGAACCAUU